GCAUUGCAAUAUAAGAGAGCCACACCAAGGGGAGUCACUCUGAGCAUCUUUGAAGGGCUGAGCAGUGUUUUUUGCGUCAAAGAUGAAAGCCUACAUUCUUACUUCGUGUCUCCUGCUACUCCUUGUUUGCCAGUCUUCAACUUCCAGCCUCGAUAUUUGCCGUGACACGGACGCCGGAAUCGAAGUCUUCUUUAGUUGUGUUCGACGCGUAGGGACAUUGAAGUUGAAAGAAGCUCUUGACAGCAUCAAGGGGACCAAUGGUUGCGACAGCGAUUCCUGUCUCGUUCGCUUCCUGUGCGCGAACGGUGACCUGGUGGAGGAGCUUGGGAAACACCUGACCGAAACGGAACUGAACGAACUCGUUGGUUUGAAACAACGGUGUGGAAUCAACAACUAGCGAUAGCCUGGCGUUGCCAAGUGGCGGUCACUGACGGUCCUUCUCCGCUCUGCGUUCAUCUCACAGGGCUGGAGCAGGCGACGCGGCAACCAUGCACUGAAAAGUCUAUAUAUUUAUGUCCGAGUUGUAGUAUAGCCUAUCUUUAGUGGUACUGUAUGAUUGCAUGCAUGCAUCAAUUGCAGGUGCCUAGUAGCAUGGGGUAGAUGAAAAUCAACUGAAUCUUACGCCUUUGUCUGCAUUCUGAAAAAAAAAGCUUUAUUGCAAGCAAGCGAAUUUAAUCCAUCUUUACUGAAAGAAAAUCAACAGCCAUACGGCCUACAGACAUCUCCAAACAACUCCGUUUUUAUUACGCACGAUAAUUACGUUUAUUACGCACGAAUGUUACGUACGAAUAAAGAGGCUUUUUAUUAUCAGU